AUGGCCGCCGCCGAUGUUCGCGACAUGCUGGACCUGCCCGCAGAGGGGCAACAGCAACCCCGGCCUCACAAGAAGCAGAAGGUCGUGGAGAAGAGACCAGAGGGUAUCACUCGUGAACUGUACGCGCUUCUCGGCGAACGAGCACCUCCGAUCGCGAUCAACGAAAACCGAUACAAAGGGCGACCGAAAUGGAUGAGCAAGUUGAGAGUUCGACCAUGGAGCAUGGCACCUUUUACGAACGGCGCACGAACUGACGAACUCGUUCUGCGUCACUGGCAACGGCAACAUGAACCGACAAACGCACCAGCACUAGAGGGACCAGAGGCAGAGAAACCAGAGGAGAAAAAAGAGCCAGAAGAAGAAGAAGGGGUGCUGAAACCACCAGAGCAAGAAUACCCAUUUGUCAAAUACAACGUCAAAGCCCGGGUUCCGAAGCGAUACAGCGACGACGAAUACAACAGACAUUUGAGAAAUGACGACUGGUCGCGACAAGAAACAGAUUACCUGAUGGAUUUGGCCGAGGAGUACGAUCUACGCUGGGUUGUUAUCGCCGAUCGCUACGACUUCCAACCCCAACCAAUAGAUGCAGAAGCAAAUUCAAACGCCCUAGUCCCAGCCAAACGCUAUCGAACGAUGGAACAGAUGAAGGCGCGAUACUACUACAUCGCUGCGACAAUGCUUGCAUUCGAACAUCCCCCCUCCGAAAUGUCCGAAACCGAGUUCGAACUUCACGAAAAAAUGCUGAAAUUCGACCCUGACCGGGAACGCGUCCGUAAAGAACUCGCAGCCUUACAACUCAACCGCACAGCAGACGAAGUCCGCGAAGAAGGAAUCCUCCUGGAAGAACUGAAGCGCAUCACCGCCAACGAACAAAACUUCAUUGCCGAACGCAGGGAACUCUACUCCAGACUCGAAGUCCCCAUCAGCGUCGGCAACACCGCCAUGUACCAAUCCAGCCAGGGCCUCUCCCAACUCCUCUCUACCCUCCUCCAAGCAGACAAGAGCAAGAAGCGACGCUCCAUCUUAGGCCCCGAAGGCGCCGCCGCCCCCUCCCCAGCAGGCCAAACGCCCACAACCUCCGGCCCAGCAAGCGCUCGCGACAGCCGCGCAGAAACACCCGGCCAAGCACCAGCCCCAGUAACCAAGAAGGCCGCCGCCGCUGCAGCAGCCGCAGCAAACAAGGAACCCCAACAACAACCCCUCAAGACCCUCACAGCAGCUGAAGAAUCCAGAUACGGUGUCCAGCACCACGAACGCCUCACACCAAGCGUGCAAUUCCGCAGCGACCGUCCCCAGAAACUCACACAUGCCAAAUCCAACGUCCAGUCACAAAAGCUCGCCGCCGCGCUCGCGGAACUCGAAGUCCCACCUCGUCUAGUCAUGCCCACAGAACGCUUAUGCAAGGAAUUCGAAAGACUCAUUGUCUCUGUCAACGCACUCCUCGAUGCGCGGAAGAUGGGCGAGAAGGUUGAGAGCGAAAUCCGUGUCCUUGAAGCUGCGAAGGAAGAACGGGAACGUAGAAAACAGGAAGCCAACGAGAAGGAGAAUCCGCAGGUCAAGACCGAAUCUGAUCAUAACGAUACUUCGCUUGCUUCUGCUGCGCCGGCGAAAUCGAUCGAUUAUGCCAAUGAUGGCAAGGAUCUGGCAGCGGCUGCUCCUUUGGUCGAAGGUCCCGAGACUGGCGCUGGCAAUGACACGGCAGGCGACGCAUCACAUAAGCGUUCUGCGAGCGUCUUGAGUAACGGGAGCGACAAGAGCGCUAAACGACAAAAGAAAUAA